UGUAGUCAUUGUCUCAACAAAAUAUGGGUUAUUUAUUUUUACCAUUAUCAUAUUAACAGGGAAGCAGUUAAUGAAGGAGAAGAUGACCCAGCUGAUUUCCUAUAUGCAGAGCGACCUGAUAUGGAGAAGUUUGAAGGAGUGAGUCUGACUGCGGAGAGUGUUAGUGAGUGGUAUCAGGAGCGAGCACGGGAGAUAGAGAGGUGUAGCCACUUUGUCGAUGCAUCACUGGACCUUCUGAAACUUGGGCGUGAGAGAGGUGUGAUGGAUCUUGAAGAGCUUCAUGACACACUGGAUUCCUUAGAAGUCCUGGUGUAUGAGGUUGGCCUCACUUUUAUGACCCUUGAUAAAUACUCCAAGCUCUCUGAUGAUGACAAAAUUGUUCAGCUCAUGUCAACAAGCACUCCAGAAACCUACAUCCAAAACAUUCGUCGGUGGCUUCUGCCCUUCCUGGCCCGGUGUGAGAAGUGGUGUCCUGGCAGUGCUCAGAUACUCCUGCGGACAUAUGUAGUGACCACAGCCAAACAAGAUCUUGGUCUGCCGCUGAAAAUAUUACAACAUUCUCGACCCGAUCAACAUGCACAGAUCAUCCCAUCUGCAGAGGAGAUGAUGACCAUUGCUAUUGAUUGUGUGUACGCUUGUGAGAAAGAGAAUCAACUUCCUAGAGCUUUUGCCAUUCUUGAAUGUCUCCCAGAGAGGGAGUCUGGGUGAGUAUUAGACAUGUGGUAGGUUAGCUCUAUGUAUACAG